GGCGAUUAAAAAAAAAAAAAUUUGUCCAAAUUAAAAUUUCUGGAUUUCCCCUAAAUAAAGCUUCCCUUCGAUUUUCCUUUCUUUGUCCUUACGACGAAAAUCAAAUCUCUCUCUUCUAGAUUCUUCGGGUAGAGGGAGACGGCGAUGGGAACUGGGCGAGAAGUCAGCAUAUCGCUAGAUGGAGUCAGAGACAAAAACAUGAUGCAGCUUAAGAAACUCAAUACUGUUCUAUUCCCUGUUCGCUACAACGAUAAGUAUUACGCUGAUGCAAUCGCUUCCGGCGAAUUCACUAAGCUUGCUUAUUACAGUGACAUAUGUGUUGGAGCUAUUGCUUGUCGGCUGGAGAAGAAAGAAGGCGGGGCCAUGCGAGUGUAUAUAAUGACACUUGGUGUUCUUGCACCAUACCGCGGGAUUGGCAUUGGUUCAAAGUUAUUGAAUCAUGUUCUUGACAUGUGCUCCAAGCAAAACAUGUGCGAGAUAUACUUGCACGUUCAGACAAACAACGAGGAUGCUAUCAAGUUCUACAAGAAGUUUGGGUUUGAGAUCACAGAUACCAUUCAAAACUAUUACAUCAACAUCGAGCCAAGAGAUUGCUAUGUUGUCACCAAGUCCUUUGCUCAAUCUGAAGCCAGCAAAUGAUGACAAUACGCGACUUGGGAGAAGCCAUUCUUCCCCAGCUUGUUUGUUCAAUUCAGGAUCUAUUAUUAAUGUUAUGCGCCGGUUUCCGAAUUUUGCUUGUUUUGAUGACCUUGGAGUUUCUUAUCGAUUCCAAAUCAAUAGAUUUCUGGUUAUAUUCUUACAACAUUUCUCUAGUGACCCCUUGGUUUUGAAUCUAAA